AGCGCCGGCAGACUUGCACGUGUGCCGCUGGGGCACUUUUGUUAUUUCCACUGUUUUAUUACCAUUCCCCCAAAUAAUCCGUAGAAAUGACGGCCGUGGAGCCAGCGACGAAGCGGAAGCGCAUCUCGAAGAAGAACAAAUCGGCGUGGCGCAAGACAGACAUCCAGGAUGUGGAGCAGUUCCUCGAGGAUCAGCGGCAGGAGGAGCGAAUCGGCACCUUCACGGACAAGCAGGAUGAGGAUCUGUUCGUCCUGGAUGCCAGCCCAGAAAAAUCCGGCAAAUCCGCCGCCGUUCUGAGCGUGAAACAGCGGAGGAAGCUGAACGCCAAGAGGCCCAUGCGCACUUAUCAGGCGCUGGAGAACACAUCCAAGGUGCAGGAUCCCAUAGCCAAGCGCAACCAUGUGCGCCAGAAGAAGAACGGCCGCAACAUCGAGCUGGAGGUCUGCAAUCCCACCAAGCCGCGUCAUCGGCAGGCCAACAAGGAUCGGGAGCAGUACUACGGGAAGCUGGAGCAGCGGCUGGCGGACAAGAGGAGCAAGAAGCUCUCGGUGGAGAAGGACAUCUGGCAGGAGGUGGACUUCCGCGAUGCCAUCCCAGGGCUCAAGGACAAAAAGGGCUGGAUUAGUCGCGAUUUAGCCCUGCACACAGCUGGGAAUAUUGGCAAGAAGGUGGUGAAAACGCACGCCAGUCUGCACCACAAGACCACCAAGGCCAAGAAAUUCGAGCUACCCCAUCCCGGAAUGAGCUACAAUCCCGCUCCGGAGGACCACCUGGCGCUCAUCUCGCAGAUCGUGGAGCGCGAGGAGGGCAUCAUCAAGAAGGAGCAGCACCUGAAGCGCGUCACCACCAGCAUGUUCUCCAAGGUGACGCCGGAGGAGCGCGACAGGCGUCGUCUGCAGGAAAUGAGCCAGGGAAUGGAAGAGGAGGGAGAGCAGGAAAAGCAGGAGGAGGAGGAGGACCUAGACAAGCCCUACCACACAGUCAACGCCCCCGUGGAGAACAAGAAGAAGAGCAAGCAGGCGCGCAGCAAGGAGCUCAAGCAAAAGGAGCUGGCGCGCAAAACUGAGCUCAAGAGGAAGCUCAAGCAACAGACUGCUGAUUUGAUACGCAUCAAAUCCAUUCGCCACGAGCUGGACGACGAGGCCGAGGACCUCAACGAGCUGAAGAAGCGCCGCAAGCAGCGCGCCGAGAAGGCCAAGUUCGAGCCGAAGCGUCUGGGGCGUCACAAGUUCGAGGCGCCCGAUCUGGAUGUCAAUCUGCCCGAGGAUGUGGCCGGCAAUCUGCGCAACGUGAAGACGGAGAGCAGCCUGCUGAAGGAUCGCUUCCACACGCUGCAGCGCAACAAUAUGCUGCCCACGACCAAGCUGGUUAGCCGCAAGAAGGCCAAGGUCAAGCGCUACGAGCGCAGCACGCACAAGGAGCCGGGCGUCAGCUACCAGGACCUCAAGGAUCGCCGACGGGCGGCCGCCGCAGCAGCCAAGGCGGCAGCCGACAUCAAGAUCUAGUUUAGGUUUCCUUUUCUUUACUUUUAACGGAGCUUACAAAUAUGUACUUUUUUCUAUAGCAUUAAAAUUCAUACUUGAA